CCUACAGCGGCGUUGACAUCAUGAACUUGGUCUGGCGUGAAACUGUCUCCAAAGCCAAAGUGGGCCACCAAAGCUUUGCUCAGGGAUAUUAGAUGGCCUGUGUUCUGCACUUACUCGUUAGUAUGGCAAGUUAUAUGAUUGGCUUUAUGCCAGCAGAAACUAAACCUGCGCCCUCGACCCCCCUACUCAUGGGGGCAACCAGUGUGGUGGGAUCGAGAUCUCCAACUCAUUGUCGUAUUUGCUGGAAUUUCCCAUAUUUGCGGAUGUCGUCUUCUGGAAAUGCGCGCCAUGUCGAGGUGUGGGCUGGGCGCCUUUUCUGCUGUGGCAAAAAUGAGCCAUCGUUUGCUGCCUUAAAUGGAAAUACCAGCACUGUGUCUCUCACCACACCUGGGCGAACUCGGCAAACGCAGCGGAGGUUUCCGCCGUCUCUCCAGCAAGCCAAGUCCCCUUGCGUUGCUUGCCACAGGCCGACAGCUAGGGCCAAACGGGAUUCCCAGUGGGCAGCAACGUGGCAGCUCCGUUUCUGGGACGGGAGCGUGUCAUUCUCUUGCCGACGGUCUUGGAGUACGAGACACUGCAGGAGGGCUCUUUUCCCGCUCCAUUUUCGUCAACCUCAAGCGUGCCAUCUCCUCCAGCCAAGAGUGGCGUGACCUAAGCACGAGGGGACGAGAAAAAUAACGUC